AUGUCGAGCGACUACCAUGAUCAUCGUCCCUCGCUCGAGCCAUUCCCUCUAUUCAUCGAUUCCGCCCCUCCUAAUUCGGAAAACUACUUCUCCUCUCCCAUAGCCAUGGCUGCCAUCCAGCUUCUUGCCUCCUCCAGCACGCCUCCCAAAAGCAAGCCGCGAUCCUUGACGGCAGCUAAAGUCUCAAAUUACCUGAGACUGCGCUACCACCAAUAUGAAGUCACCUUUGGCGUCUAUAUGAUGACCCCAGCCGAAAAAUGCGUCUUCAACCUCGUCGUCCUUGGCGCCUUUACCGCCAUUCUGUACGCCGUCUUCUUUGGCACCGAGGCAUUCGUCGUCAAUGCGGUCUGCAGGUUAAUCUACUACAUCACAGGCUCCCUUUCGAACACGGGCGGACGGUGUCCACAAUGA